CUUCCGUCUGUUUCUGUAAACCAGGGGAAAUAACAGUCAAGGUUGAGAGUUGCAGAAGACGCGCCCACUCUUGGCGACGUUGCGCACUUCUUGGAAAAGAGAAGACCUGCUUUUAUCCAGGCACGACUGAGCAUCCAGACUGAAGAGUCCUACAUGGGAAGGAUACGGCUGUUCUCUGCCCUUUAACUUUUUUUCCCCCUCCCCUAAUAAUUGCCCAGAGAUGGCUCUUCAUAGAAUUUUCCGCGCUGUUAUAACGGGACCUCCUGGCUCGGGGAAGGGGACAGUGUCUUCGCGCAUCACCAAAACUUUUGGACUUAAACAUAUUUCUAGUGGGGACAUUUUGAGAGCCAAUAUCAACGCCAAAACCGAGCUCGGCCUGCUUAUGAAGUCCUGUAUUGAUCAGGGUCAGCUGAUACCCGAUGAUGUCAUGUCUCGUCUCAUCCUGAGCGACUUGAGAGCGACAGACCAGAGCAGCUGGCUGCUUGAUGGUUUUCCUCGCACAGUGACACAGGCAGAGGCUCUAGAUGACACCUGCAGUGUGGACACAGUAAUCAACCUUAAUGUACCUUUCCAGACCAUCAAACAGCGGCUCACAUCUCGGUGGACUCACCUUCCCAGCGGCAGAGUCUACAACAUAGAUUUCAACCCGCCUAAAGUCCCUGGUAUGGAUGAUGUAACGGGGGAGCCUCUCGUCCAGAGGGACGACGACACACCAGAGACAGUCACACGCAGACUGAAGGCCUAUGAAACCCAGACAGAGCCUGUCUUAGAGUACUACAGAAGUAAAGGUGUACUUCAGACCUUUUCUGGGACAGAAACCAACAAAAUCUGGCCGCUCGUUGAGGCGUUUCUCCACAGAAAACUCCAGCUCGUCAACCAGAAGGUUGCAUAGAAAGCCUGAACGCAACGGCACAAGAAGGGUUAAAGUUUACCAGCAGAAACCACGCUGUACUUAAUGAUCGAUCAGGUGCCACUUCCUGUUAAACAAAGGAAGAGCAAUAUGUGUUGUUAUAUAUAUCCUAAAUGUUCACAGUGAGGAGCAGGCUCUUAACAUUACAUGCCAGUAACCACCACAACAUAUGUUGUUAGGGAAACUUCACUUAUGAAGUACACGCUGCACUGAUGCUGCAUUCUCAGGAUUUGUGCAUAAAAGUCCUUAAAACAGAAGUCGUUAUGAUUGAAAGAAAUUGUCAUUCCAUAAUGUGCCUUUUUUUAAGCAAAUAGGUAUUUCUCACACUCCUUUAGAAGUUACCAACUAACUUGUAAUUCCACUAUUGUAAUCAUGACAUAGUCUCCUAGUUGAAGAACUUGAAAUGUUUCUUAUGCAGAGUACUUGCCCAAAAGGGAAUUGUUCCACACAUAACUGUAAAUUCACUUAAACACAUAAGUGCCUUUUGCUGCUUUAGAAAUCUCUAACAGGUAGCUCAGCUAAUGUAGUCUGUCAAAAUUAUUAAUGAGGACCACUCUUAUUUUGAACACUUUGAUCUCUUUCAAACCAUCAGUGUGUAACAGCCUCUGUUUAAAACUUGAAGUCUUAAUAAUGUUGCCCUUUUUUUUGAAGUACAACAGUUUCCAUUUUAACCAGGCAUUCCUUGUGGAAACCAAGUCUGUACAUGAAGGCCUGUUCUUACAUUUUCCAUUUGAUUUGACAGCUGAUAAUCAUUUUUCACAAAAUUCAAGGUUGAUCUGUAGCUGAGAUUUGUCUUAAGAAUAUUUCACCAUGUUAAAAGUUAGAGAAACGCUAACUUUGCCUUGUGAUGUACUGUAGAAUUAUUGUUGCUACUGUGUGAAUUUCUGAACACUUGAAUAUGAUGUUUUAAAGCACAUCUCCUUUUCAUAGACAACAUACAACUGCUUUAAAGUAUUUAUUGCAAAUCACAAUAAACCUCUGAUACUAG